CUGCCCACGCUCUCGUACUUGUAAAUAGACCCGGAAAACUCCAUCGAUGUACUUCCAUGGAAACUCUUAUACUCUUAUAAGUCCGUGGGAUCAGUGAAAGUGAAAGUGUUCAGUGACUUUGCUUCAGUAGCCAUUUUCACUGCGGAGCACAACGACAGAAAAAGGUCAGAACCAGAACCAGAGACAGAGGACUAAGUCUCCAGGACCCAGUGUUCUCUGUGAAGAAUGACCAGUCUGUGGAUACACCUGUAAUCUUCAGUCAUGAACCUGGAGCCUCAGAGAGAAACAGAUGUUGGUCUGCAGGAGGUUCUAGAUGAACAUAAGAUCAGUCUGAGGAGGAGAUUUGAACAUGUGACUGAAGGAACUGAUGAAAGAGGAAGUAGAACCCUCCUGAACAGGGUCUUCACUGAGCUCUACAUCACAGAAGGACAGAGUAAAGAGGUCAAUACUCAACAUGAGGUGAUGCAGCUGGGGACAACCUCCAAGAAGGAGAUCAUCCAAGACACUCCCAUCAAGUGCUGCGACAUCUUUAAAGCCUUAUCUGACCAGCAGGGGUGCAUCAGAGUCGCUCUGACCAAUGGCGUCGCUGGUGUUGGAAAAACCUUCUUGGUGCAGAAGUUCACUCUUGACUGGGCUGAGGGUUUGGAAAACCAGGAUGUGAAUCUGCUGAUUGUGCUUCCGUUCAGGGAGCUGAACCUGAUCAGAGACCAGCAGCACAGUCUUCUCACGCUGCUCCAUGUUUUCUACCCAACAUUACAGAAGGUCAGUGCAGAGAAGCUCGCUGUCUGUAAACCUUUGUUCAUCUUUGACGGCCUGGAUGAAAGCAGACUCUCACUGGACUUCAACAGCAGGACACUGGUUUCUGACGUCACACAGAGGUCAUCAGUCAGCGUGCUGCUGACCAACCUCAUCCAGGGGAAUCUGCUUCCCUCGGCUCUCAUCUGGAUAACUUCCCCACCCGCAGCAGCCAAUCAGAUCCCUCCUACAUGUGUUGACAGGGUAACAGAAGUACGAGGCUUCACUGACGACCAGAAGGACGAGUACUUCAGGAAGAGAUCCAGAGAUGAAGAUCUGUCCAGCAGAAUCAUCUCACACAUCAAGACGUCCAGGAGCCUCCACACCAUGUGUCAAAUCCCAGUCUUCUGCUGGAUCAGUGCUACAGUUCUGGAGCACAUGUUGACCACAGAUCAGAGAGGAGAGCUGCCCAAGACCCUGACAGACCUGUACUCGCACUUCCUGCUGGUUCAGACAAAGAGGAAGAAGAACAAGUAUGAUAAAGAGACGAGUCCACAGGAUCUGAUGGAGGCAGUUCUUCUGAAGCUGGGGAGGCUGGCCUUUGAACAUCUGCAGAAAAGAGACCUCAUGUUCUACCAAGAAGACCUGGAGCGGUGUGGUCUAAAUGUGUUAGAGGCCUCAGUGUACUCAGGAGUUUGUACAGAGAUCUUCAGAAGAGAGAGUGUGAUCUUCCAGAAAUCAGUCUACUGCUUUGUUCAUCUGAGCGUUCAAGAGUUUCUGGCUGCAGUCUACAUGUUCCACUGUUUCACCAACAGGAAGACAGAGGUACUGCAGGACUUCUUCAGGAAAAAAGAUGGUGGUGGUGGUGGUGGUGGUUACACUUCUCUGGAUUUGUUCCUGAAAGAAGCCAUGAAGAUGUCACUUGAAAGUGAAAAUGGUCACCUGGACCUGUUUGUUCGCUUCCUUCAUGGACUCUGUCUGGAUUCCAACCAGAGACUCUUAGGAGGUCUGCUGGGUCAGACUCAGAACAGUCCAGAAAUCAUCCAGAGAGUCAUCAAGAACCUGAAGAAGAUGAAAACAAACAAUAUCUCACCUGACAGAAGCAUCAACCUCUUCCACUGUCUGACAGAGAUGAACGACCAAUCAGUGCAUCAGGAGAUCCAAGAGUUCAUGAAGUCAAAGGACAGAGGACAGAGACUCUCUGAGAUCCACUGCUCUGCUCUGGCCUACAUGCUGCAGAUGUCUGAGGAGGUUCUGGAUGAGUUGGACGUAAACAAGUACAACACAACAAAGGAGGGAAAACACAGAUUGAUUCCUGCUGUGAGGAACUGCAGGAAGGCUGUGUUGAGUGGCUGCAGAUUGUCAGAGAUCAGCUGUUCUUCUCUGGCCUCAGUUCUGAAGUCCAACUCCCACCUGAGAGAACUGGACCUGAGUGGGAACCCUCUGGAGGAUUCAGGAGUGAAGCUGCUGUGUUCUGGACUGAAGAGUCCACAUUGUAGACUGGAGACUCUGAAGUUGGGUGGCUGCAGAUUGUCAGAGAUCAGUUGUUCUUCUCUGGUCUCAGUUCUGAAGUCCAACUCCUCCCACCUGAGAGAACUGGACCUGAGUGUGAACUGUCUGCAGGAUUCAGGAGUGAAGCUGCUGUGUUCUGGACUGGAGAGUCCACAUUGUAGACUGGAGACUCUGAAGUUGAGUUACUGCAGUUUGUCAGAGAUCAGCUGUUCUUCUCUGGCCUCAGUUUUGAAGUCCAACUCCCACCUGAGAGAACUGGACCUGAGCUGGAACCAUCUGCAGGAUUCAGGAGUGAAGCUGCUGUGUUCUGUACUGGAGAGUCCACAUUGUAGACUGGAGACUCUGAAGUUGAGUUACUGCAGAUUGUCAAAGAUCAGCUGUUCUUUUCUGGCCUCAGUUCUGAAAUCCAGCUUCUCCCACCUGAGAGAACUGGACCUGGGUCAGAACCGUCUGCAGGAUUCAGGGGUGAAGCUGCUGUGUUCUGGACUGGAGAGUCCACAUUGUAGACUGGAGACUCUGAAGUUGAGUUACUGCAGUUUGUCAGAUUACAGCAAUUCUUCUCUGGCGUCAGUUUUGAAGUCCAACUCCCACCUGAGAGAACUGGACCUGAGUGGGAACCCUCUGCAGGAUUCAGGAGUGGAGCUGCUGUGUUCUGGACUGGAGAGUCCACAUUGUAGACUGGAGACUCUGAAGUGAGUUCAGUGACUGAAG